CAGCCCUUCCCUCGGCUCCCUUCGGCUCUUUCCGCCUUCCCCCGGCUCCCUUCGGUCUCCCCCGGCCCUGGCGAUGGCUGCGGGCCGCCGCUCGCCGCCGGGUCCCUGCUGCCCGUCGCGGGUGGCGGUGCCGAGCGCACACCAGAGCCUGCCCGAGAUGGACUUCGAGCGGGGGAUCUGGGCCGCGGCGCGGGACGGGGACGAGACCCGAGUGCGGCAGCUGCUGGAUCGGCGCGGGGAGCCCGGCCAGACCGACCUGGCGGGGUACACAGCGCUGCACUACGCCAGCCGCAACGGGCACCUGGGGGUUUGCCGGCUGCUGCUGCAGCGCGGAGCCUGCUGCGACGCCCGUACCCCCGGCGGGGCCACCCCGCUGCACCGCGCCAGCUUCUGCGGACACCUCGCUAUCGCCCGGCUCCUGCUGGCCCACGGCGCUGACCCCGCUGCUGCCGAUGGGGACGGCCGCACCAGCCUGCACAAGGCGGCCGAGCAAGGCCACCGGGAGCUGUGUGCGCUGCUCCUGCAGCACAGCCCGGCGCUGGCCGGCGUCGCCGAUGCCAAAGGACGGCGGCCUCGGGACAUGGCUCACCCGGCGGUGCGGGACCUGCUGGGUACCUGAGCGGGGACACGGGAGCCGCCGCGGGACUCCUCUCCAUGGAUAAACAGCGCCUGCGGCACCCAA